AUGAAUGAAACUAAGAAGAUUUAUAGUUCCGAAGAUAAUGAAAGCAAUACGUCGUCAAAAUAUCCAGAAAAAAUUCAUCACCAGAACAUUUAUCUGAAUUAUCAAACGAGGACUGUGAUAAAUAAUAAUGAUACAAAUUUUAAAUUGAAUAAAAUGAUAGAGAAUCUACGCAAAAACAAUUUGAUGGAUGAAGAAGACAAGAGUUCCAAAGAAGCUAUAAUACAAAAUUUAAACGUACAUACUGUAAAAGAUAAACUCGACUCUACAAAAACUAAAUUUGAAGAACUUUUACUAUUAGCUGAGCUCAACUUAAAAAAGGGAGAUGAUGACGAAACAAGUAAUUCUAACAAUUUGAACACAGCGUCUAGAAGAAAUUCGUACACGGAAACUAGAAGAAAUUCGAACAGAGAAUCUAGAAGAAAUUCACUUGAACAAAUUAAAUUUGACUUUGAAAUGAAAUCGUAUAAACCAACUUUGGGGAGUGCCAUCUUAAGAAGAAAAAAAUAUAUUAAAAAAAAUGUUAAAACUAAAUUGAAGUUACCAUGUUUUCCAAUACAGUUCAAUAUGCCAAAAGAGACAUACAUGAUAUCAUAUUGUCUACAGAAAUUUACUGUUCGUUUUCUACAAAAUGGAUUCAAUACUUUAGUCAACGAACUUUAUAACUUACUCACAUCUAGUUCACAUCAACGAAUUGAUACAUCACUUUAUUUCUGGAUAUUAACAUACUUUUGUAGAUUCUGCAAAUUGAACAAUAUUAAAUUGGAAUUAGUCAGACAAAUUGUAUCUUUCAAACUGAUUUCAUUCAUCGUUCACGAGGGUAUUAAAAUAUCAGAACAAUUAACUAUAGCAAAACUGCAAAAAUCUCCUAAUAUUCAUUUAAAAGUCAGACAUUUGCAUUUGGCCAUCAUGGCUAUUAAAGAGGUGAUAAAAACCAUCGAGUUCUAUCGACAAACUGCUUCAGAGUCACCAAUUUACCCAGAUCUAAUAAAAGAUCUUCAGAAUUCAGGCAACAACUCUCCAGAAUCAAUCACUUGGGCAAAGGACAUCAAGUCUUUAUUCACAUUACUAAUUCGUAACUAUGAUAGUGACAUACAGAUUAUUGAAUACUUGUCGGAUUUAAUAGUUACAAAUCAUAUGGUAUUGUCAUUGUUUGAUACCCUUAAAGAUUGUUGGAAUUUAAACGACAAUAUUACUGGGUACAUCAAAAAGUUUGCUGUUCCUGACAUAAUGUACAGAUAUGGAUUAGUCCUCCAAAAUUACGAAAAAAAUAGUGAAAUUGUCAACGAAUCAGUGCUUGUUAUGAUGCAUCAUGUAAUAACUAAAGUCGAAAACACCACAUCACUCUUUCAACCGAUCAUUUUGAAAACAUUUUUGAAAAUUUUCGAAAAUAAUGAUUGUCAGUACCAAAGGUGGUCUGAUUUGAUUGAAAAUGUUUUAAGCAAGUUUCUAAAUAUAUCACACACAUUGAACUGUUCUGAAAACAAUCUUCGUGGAAUUCCGUGUAUCUACGAAUCAACGAGUGAACUUUUAAAUUUGAAUAGCCAUCGAAAUAAAAAUAAAAUUAAUUUACUAGAAACUACAAACACGUAG